GCUGAUUGGCUGUUGCGAGGUCGGGGCGGGGAGGGUGGGAGACGCUGGAUCUCCUCCGGCCUCCCCGUCUUUCCCGCCAUGUCGUUCGUGGAGAGCGGGAGGCGCUCGCUUGUACAGCGCCGCCGCCUCGGUACCCCUGUCCCUUUUUUUCGGCCGAGGCUUUCCUCCUUCACUCAGGGGGAUAGUUGGGGUGAAGGUGAAGACGAAGAGGAUGAAUGCGACCAAGUAGCCCGCGACCUACGGGCAGAGUUCUCAGCUGGGGCGUCGUCGGAGCCUAGAAAGGGCUUGCUACUCCCGCCGAAAGGGGACGGGUCGCCGGUCCUGCCGGAGAAGCGCAAUGGCAUCUCGGCGGAUACAUGCGGCCGAACACAGGUUCAGCGGUGGCCGGUCCAGGUCCUCUCAAUUCUGUGUUCGCUGCUGUUCGCCGUCCUCCUCGCCUUCCUCCUCGCCAUCGCCUACCUGAUCGUAAAAGAGUUACAUGCUGAGAAUUUGAAGAAUGAAGAUGAUGUAGACACUGGGCUAUUAGGAUUCUGGACUCUACUUAUAAUAUCCCUAACUGCCGGGUUCUCCUGCUGCAGCUUUUCUUGGACAGUGACUUAUUUUGAUUCUUUUGAACCAGGAAUGUUUCCUCCUACUCCUCUUUCACCUGCCAGGUUCAAGAAACUUACUGGACAUUCUUUCCACAUGGGCUAUAGUAUGGCAAUAUUGAAUGGCAUCGUAGCUGCUCUUACUGUUGCAUGGUGCCUCCUGUAAACUCACACGGAAGCAAUAUUCUUAGCAAAACUUAGUCAUGAUUGCUUUGUAAUAACAGGGAAGAACAUCAUUGCCUACUCAGAAGACCAAGAAACCUGCUUUUCAUUAUGUGAUUCAGAUACGUUUUAUAUCAUCAUUACAAGAGGACCUUCUUAAGCAUUGUUCUAGAACCUGGGCAUUAGGAUAUCUGAGUAUUAAGUUUCAAGUAAUUUCUUAAAAUUUUAAGAUGUUUACCUCAUUUCUUUACUUUUCUGUGUGUUAUUUUUGUAAAUUGUAGAAAACAUUUUCAUGGAAAUCAAACUGGAAAACUUGAAUACAGGACAGUGCCCAUCUUUCUAUGUAUAUUCUACAUUUUUGCUAAGAAUCACUGAUAUUACUGUUUAAUUAAGAUGGAACCAUUUCUUAAUUAUUCAUUAUAUCAGGAAAACCAACAAUGCCCACUACUUUAACAUUUUAUAGAAGCUACUUUUAAACUGGAAUAUUUAGUUUGAUAUUCAUAUAAUCAAUAGAAGCACAUUUGUAUUUUGUAUUGAGAUAUAGUUCCUUGUUGUGUGUGGAAUUUUUUUUUGUUUUUUCUGUGUGUUUUUUUUUACAUAUUUUCCUACUAUAUCUUGAAUUUGUAUGUUUUAAAAAUUGUUACAUCUAGACAAAUGUAAAUGUUAUUCUUUACCUGGUGCAAGCCUAAUAACUCCAAUUUUUAAUAAGUAUUUUGUCUUUUAAAAAAAACACAUUGACCUCAGUUUAAAAUUAAGUAAGCUUAUUUUUAACAAA